UUCGCCCUUUUCCUUCUCCCUUUCGGCGACCGAGACACGCGAUUGCCGCCAUGGGACACCAGCAGCUCUACUGGAGCCACCCCAGGAAGUUCGGACAGGGAUCGCGCUCCUGCCGCGUCUGCUCCAACCGGCACGGACUCAUCCGCAAGUACGGCCUCAACAUGUGUCGCCAGUGUUUCCGCCAGUACGCCAAGGACAUCGGCUUCAUUAAGUUGGAUUAAUUCUACAGUAAUAAUUGAAGAUGGCUUGAAAACACAUAGGAAGAGGUUGGCAUUCCUGGAAGACUUGGCUGGAUAAGAGUCUCUCGUCAAGACUUCCACUGUGCAACUGUAUACAAUAGAAGUACUAAGCUUUGUUUUAUUCCAAUUAUGGCAGUGUUUCCUAUUAAUAUGUUACAAUCACCAUAAUUCAAGCCAUGUGGACAUGUCAUCUGUAGCAUAUGUAUGAGAAUCUAUUUUGGGGGGUUCUGAAAUAAAAAAAGUUAAAAUCCAAA